CUCUGCUCGGGCCCGGGGCGGGCACUGGCGGCGGGGCUGGCCCGUCCCCUCCCCCGCGCCCGCCCCGCCGCCGCGGCGCUCCGAGCCCCCAUUCCCGCGCCGCCGCUCCUGCCGCUCGCUCGGUGCCGCCCUCCCCACGGGACGAUGGCGCCCGGUGGCCGCGGCCGCCGCCUGGGGCUCGCCCUGGGGCUGCUGCUGCUGGUGCUGGCGCCGCGGGCGCUGCGGGCCAAGCCCACGGUGCGCAAGGAGCGCGUGCUGCGGCCCGACUCGGAGCUGGGCGAGCGGCCGCCCGAGGACAACCAGAGCUUCCAGUACGACCACGAGGCCUUCCUGGGCAAGGAAGACUCCAAGACCUUCGAUCAGCUCACCCCGGACGAGAGCAAGGAGAGGCUGGGGAAGAUUGUUGAUCGCAUUGACAAUGAUGGGGAUGGCUUUGUCACCACCGAGGAGCUAAAAACCUGGAUCAAACGGGUGCAGAAAAGAUACAUCUACGAUAAUGUCGCUAAAGUCUGGAAGGAUUAUGAUAGGGACAAAGACGAUAAAAUUUCCUGGGAAGAAUACAAACAAGCCACCUAUGGUUACUACCUAGGAAACCCCACAGAGUUUCAUGAUUCUCCAGAGCAUCAAACCUUUAAAAAGAUGCUGCCACGUGACGAGAGAAGGUUCAAGGCUGCGGACCAGGAUGGUGACCUGACAGCCACUCGGGAGGAGUUCACCGCCUUUCUGCACCCCGAGGAGUUUGAGCAUAUGAAGGAAAUUGUGGUUUUGGAAACUCUGGAGGACAUUGACAAGAACGGGGAUGGGUUUGUGGAUCAGGAUGAGUAUAUUGCGGACAUGUUUUCCCACGAGGAGAACGGCCCUGAGCCGGACUGGGUGGUGUCAGAACGAGAGCAGUUUAAUGAAUUCCGGGAUCUGAACAAGGACGGGAAGUUGGACAAAGAUGAGAUCCGCCACUGGAUCCUCCCUCAAGAUUAUGACCACGCACAGGCGGAGGCCAGGCACCUGGUGUAUGAGUCAGACAAAAACAAGGAUGAGAAGCUGACUAAAGAAGAGAUCUUGGAGAACUGGAACAUGUUUGUUGGAAGCCAAGCUACCAAUUAUGGGGAAGAUCUCACAAAAAAUCAUGAUGAACUUUGAUAGACACUCACCAUGUAUGGCAGACUGUCAGAGGCUUUCUUUUAUCGUCUUGGGUGGUUGCUAUGAUUGUCUAAUUUACAGCAGGUGUGUUCCCCACAAAGCAAGUUUAUACCUCAGAUUGGGGUAUAAAAGUUGUUUUUCACUGAAUGUUUACUGGGAAAUGGUCAUCACUAUUCUUUCAGUAACGUUUCUCUCAAAACACAUUAAAAUCUUGGUAGACUGCAGUUCUCUUUGGGGAUACAUUGCUACAACAUGACUUUUUAAGGUUUUUUUUCCAUUAAAUUUAAACGAAAGGAGGAUAAAACUUGAAAAAGCUCUGUUGUUCAGAAGUUGGGUGGGUUGGGGGGGGCAGUAUACGAGUGACUGCUAUGUAUUUUAACUACCAGAUUUUUUAUAUUUGCCACUGUUAAAUAGUUGGUAAGGGAAAGUUCUGAUUAAGCUAAAGUGGUGUUACCCUAGCAGCUUAUUUCAGAGCAAAUCUGAUGUUUCAGAUUCUUCCUUCUUGACUUCAUACUCUGAGCUGUCACUGCGUUUUUCUGUAUGGACCUGCUAAUGUGCACAAUAAAUCCACAUCUUUGUCUUUUUGUUUUUAUAAGAAGAAGCAAUCGAGACAGAUAAUGUGAAAAAGAAAGGAACUUACAGGUAGGGAAAAGAAUGUCAGACACUUGAACAACUGUAGGAAAAUGAUAAAUACUUUAAAUAAACUUGAGAAAAUUUUCUUGACAUGCAAAUGAGGUAGUUCUGAUCUUUGAAAUAGUGACUAGAAAUACCAUCUGUUUCCUCGAUGGUCACCGACUGGAAUGAAGUGGUGGGAUGUAGCGGGAUUCUGGAACGACACCUUCCAGUCCAGUGAAUCCAUAACCCUCAGACCUGCCCCUGGAAUAGCUUAUACUAUGGAAUUAGGACAAGGUGAUCUUCUGAGCCAUUGACUGAACUGGCAAAAACAACUGUUACACAUUGAAAUUUCACCUUGUAAGUAGGAAGCGAAUGAAAUAAAGAAUCUUCCUGAGGAUUUUC